CUCGCCGGGGUGUCCCUGGGGAGGACAGCGCCGUGUCCGCGCCGCCAUGUUGUACAUAGCAGCAGUUGCUAAGCUCGGGCUGGCGGCGCUGCCCGGGCCCCGGCGGUGGGUGCCGCUCCCAAAUUAUGGGUGAUGAGUCAGUACCAUUUUUGCUGGACCAAGGAACCACUAAAACAUAUCAAAUACCUAUUAGUCAUCUGGACUACAAAUUCAUUGAAAAAUGCACAGAUGUUAAGCACCUGGAAAAAAUUCUCAGAGUAUUAAGGUCUGGUGAAGAGGGAUGUUACCCUGAACUUACGGAGGCUUGUGAAAAGCGUAUUGAGCGUUUAGAUCCAAAGAGCAGAGCUCUGAGAACAGAUAAACCUGCAGCCACACCUUCUGAUUUCACAGCUGAGGAGUGGGAAACAAUUAAUGAUGAGCUGAUGAGCUGGCUGACAGAAAUGAAUGAAGAUGAUAAGAAAUCACAGUUCCUGAGAACAGACACACCAAAUGAAAAUCAAGAUAACUUGCCUCCCAUUCGUUGUUCCAGCAGCUGUCUUCCUGCUAAUCAGAACAAAACACUGCAAAACAAACAAAGAAACAAGAAAAACAUUCCACGGGAUUACAGUGAAUGGGAAAAGUUCGAUGUGGAAAAGGAAUGUUCUAAAAUUGAUGAAAGCUGUGAAGAAAGUAACUCAAAAUCAAGAUUCUUCAAUAGGCCAAGUCUGCCUAUUAUCAAAAAUACAAUAGACACAACUGGAAUGACAAAGAGAGAGAAAAUCUUUGUUGCUAUUCGUGAAAAAGAAAAGGGCAAUGAAGCCUUUGCCAUUGGCGAUUAUAUGGAAGCAGUGACAUAUUACACUCGGAGUAUAUCAGUAAUACCGACUGCAGCUGCAUAUAACAACAAAGCUCAAGCAGAAAUCAAACUUCAGGACUGGGACAGUGCUUUGGAGGAUUGUGAGAAGGUACUAGAUAUGGAACCUGGCAACGUAAAAGCUCUGCUGCGCCAUGCUACUGUACACAGUCAGCUGCAGAAUUAUCAAACAGCCAUAGAGGAUCUGAAUAAAGUAUUGGGUGUUGAACCAGAAAACCCUAUAGCUAAGAAAAAUCUGCUGGAGAUUGAAGAGAAACUGAAAGGUUUAAAGUCUGUAUCUGAGAUUCAAGGCAAAGGAAAACGAAUACUUAUUCAAGAGAUAGAGGAUUCAGAAUGUGAUGAAGAAAGAGGAGAAAAUACAGAAGAAUGUGAAAGAAGUGGCAGAGAUAAAAGAACCGGUGUGCCAGUGGCAGCGGAGGCAGCGGCCGGAGAGCCCGCGAUGGGCAACGCGCACAGAAAGUUCCGUAGUAAAGGAGGCGGCGGUAAGGCGGAGGACAGAGAGAAGCAGAAGCAGAAGGAGCCCACUGAGAGCGGAUUAAAAAAAGACACAUCAGAGAAGAAACCAGGAAAGCAUUUGUCAGACCAUGAAGGUGAAGUUAAUGGCUAUUUACACAGCGAUCAGAAGAGUGAAAGCUCUGAAUCUGGGAGCUCCAGAUGGUAUACCGCAGGGUCUCAGUGGGCUGGUGGUGCCAGUUCUACUUCACUUCCCCCUCUUGCAGCAAAACUAAAAAGUGAAGGAAACGAGUUAUUUAAGAGUGGACAGUUUGGAGAAGCUGUGCUCAAAUACUCGGAAGCAAUUGAAUAUGUCAUUGGUCUAGGAGAACGAAGUCCAGAUGAUUUAAGUAUCUUGUACUCAAACAGAGCAGCAUGUUACCUCAAAGAAGGGAACUGCAGUGACUGCAUUCAGGAUUGUAACAGAGCUCUGGAGCUUCAGCCAUUUUCCCUUAAGCCUCUUCUACGACGAGCAAUGGCAAAUGAGUCAAUGGAGCGGUAUCGACAGGCAUACAUUGAUUAUAAAACAGUCCUACAAAUAGACAGCAGCAUCCAAGCAGCAAAUGAUAGUGCUAAUAGAAUAACGAAGACUUUAUUAGAUCAGGAUGGUCCCAGUUGGAGGGAGAAACUGCCACCAAUUCCCGUUGUUCCAGUUGCUGCUCAGCUACACAGGUGGGAUGGAGGAAACUCCACUUCAGAGAAUAAGCCAGGAAGUACUAUAGACAUCAACAGAGAAGAACAACUGGAAAUAAAUUGUGAGGAAGCUAUGGAGAAGUUCAAGAGAUUGAAAAAUGAAGGGAAUGAUUUUGUAAAAAUGGGGGAAUAUGACGAAGCCAUAAAUAAAUACAGUGAAUGCAUGAAGUUAAAUGCUGAGGAAUGUACGGUCUACACUAACAGAGCUCUCUGUUACUUGAAACUGUAUAAAUAUGAAGAGGCUAAGCAGGAUUGUGAUCAUGUUCUUCAGAUAGAAGAUUCUAAUAUUAAAGCUUUUUAUAGAAGAGCACUAGCGUACAAAGGAUUACAGAAUUAUCAAGCCAGUGUUGAUGAUUUCAACAAGGUACUUCUAAUAGAUCCAAAUGUUCUUGAAGCACAAAAGGAACUAGAGGAGGUAACCCAACUGCUUCACCUUGACAGCAGUGCUGGAGCUGGCAGUCCACAAAAGCAAAGGAAGAAAGUAACCAUACAAGAGGUGACUGGACAAGAUGAACAGGAAGAGAGACAGUUUGCUACAUCAGAUGAUGUUGUGACUGAUCACGUUACUUCCAAAGAAGCAGUUCAAAAGAAUGUGCCACUGAAGUCCUCUGAGAAACUGCGCAUUUGUGAACCAUCUAAUGCCUAUGACUUUGGUCAGAUUAUAAAUGCAGUGAAUGCCAAUAAGGAUAAAGCUGCUUGUGCAGAUCUUUUAACAAUUACUGAUCCGAAAAAAUUGCCAGUGCUGCUGAGUAACAAACUUGAAGGAGAAAUCCUUCUGAUGUUUAUCCAGUCAUUGGAACAUUAUGUAGCUGGAAAAGAUCCUGGCCUUGUAUAUCAGCACCUUUUCUACUUGAGCAAAGCAGAAAGAUUUAAGGUGGUGUUGGCCCUCCUUAGCAAAAAUGAAAAAGAAGAAGUGCAGCAACUGUUUGAUUUACUUUCAGAAAACCAGAGUGAUCAGUACUCAUUGGAAGAUCUUGAGAGCCUUAAAAAGGUUUAUGAACUUUAAGAAGUUAAAGUUUAUUGUCUGCAUGUGGAUAGUUCAUGUGUAAAAGAUGGAUCUAUGAUCUGCAGACUUCAAUGAGUUCAAGUGGGUCUUUACCUGGACUGCUGAAAUUUUAUUUUGUUUUGACAGCAUAUGCACAUUUAAAACUUGCUGCUCUUUUUUUCUUGUAGUUGUAUACAUCUCUAGAACCUAAUGCAUGCCUGUGUUCAGUAACAGAGUUCAUUUUAUUUGGCAUACUGAUUUUAUUUAGACUGUAUUAAUUAUAUAUAGAAAAAUAUGUUUUACAUUAUAUAUAUAUAAUGUGAAAUAUCUUGAUGGUGCAAUAGAUACAUAUACUUUUAGUCAUCACUUGUUAUAUCAUUUGGUGAGUUCUAAGUUCUUGAGAUAAAGUGUCUUCAAGAUAAAUGGGUCACUUAGCAGUAGUUUUGCUAAAAUAAGUUUACAAAAAGUAUUAACACUUCUCAGAUAAACUACUACAGGCCAUCUGUUUCUUCACUAUCCCUGGUCUAUACAAAACAGAUUUAAAUAUUUUGGCACAAUACAACUUAGUAGCAAAGGUGAAUGAAUUAGCUUGUCGUGGAACUCUUUGAAACAAAAUUGUUAAACAUUGGGUAUGUUCUAACAAGUGAAUAAUUUUUAGUGCACGGAGAAUUACUUUUUUUUUCCUGUGUGUGCUGAAGGACUGCUGGUUUGCCUGGCUUUUUUUUUUUGCAGUGACAGCAGUAAACAGAAGAAAAAGUGGCUGCACUUCACAAUAGAAAUAUUUAUCUCUGAGUUUUGUUUAAGUAAUCUCUGGAUUACUUAAAACAUCAGCUGUUUCUGUUUACUAAAAGUAAAAUAAUUUUGUGGAUCAGUAUGAUUUUUUUUUUAUUUCAGGCAGUACUUAUGUUUUAUAUUUGAUUCUGACAAUGCUUCAAAAAUGAAGCUUUUAAAUUUUUCAAAUACCCGAUGCCUUCUUUGUGUUAUAAAUAACGUGUGUUAUAAAUGUAUAUCAGACUCACAAGAACUGCAGAAAUACCAUUAAGAAUGUUGUUCUAAUGAAAUUUUUCCUCAGGUGUAUAUUGAUAAAGUUCUCUUCUUGAAAAGGACAAUUAUCGAUUCUCUUUUCUGGUUCAAUACUCUUUAGGCUUACAAUUUUGAAGCGGAUUAUGAGUUUUGUCUUGGAGUGCCAAGAACAAAGCUUUUAGUUUCUGAAGCACCAUCAGAACAACCAAUGGUUUUUGAUUUUAAAUGUCCUCUUUUUAUGAUUUUUGUAGUCAAGACAAAUCAUCUUAUCUAGUUAAGCAACAAUGUGCCAGUUUCAUUCUUCA